AUGGCUGGGAAUCCCCUGAGACAAAACCAGAACCUUUAUUGCCAGUACCAUCAGGACCAAGGGCACACUACAGAGGAUUGUAGGAAUUUGUGGGACCAUUUGGACCAGCUGGUCCGAGAAGGGAAGCUGAAACAUCUGUUGCAUCACUCCAAUAGCCGAGGGGGCCAAACAAAUUCAGAACCCAGGAGAGAUGAUUCUUCAAGACUGCCCUUGGGAAGGAUCAAUGCCAUCUUCACUGCUCCCGGUAGGACCGGUUCCUACCUCUCCAGAGUAAUGUCUGUAGCUCGACUUUCUACCAAGAGCAAUAAUCUGAAGCCUAAAAAAGCCAGAGUGGAAAUCCGACCAGUUUUGGGCUUCUCGGACGAGGACAAGAUCAGAACCAUUCAACCCCACGAUGAUGCUCUAGUGGUCACACUCAAGAUAGGAGGGUAUGAUGUGAAGAGUGUUAGUGGACCAAGUUUCGAGGGGAAGACUGUUAUUCGAAAGGGUCAGAUCAGAUUACCUAUACAGACUGGUUUGAAAGUGGUGGAGGUAAACUUCAUUGUGAUGGAUGCCUAUUCCCCCUACACGGCUAUUGUGGCCAGACCCUGGCUCCAUGCUCUGGAAGCCGUUUCAUCCACCCUGCACCAGAAAGUAAAAUACCCCUCGGGGGGCCGCGUCGAAGAAAUUGUGGGAAAUCAACCUGUGGCUCGGCAAUGCCUUGUGGCCGCCAUCUCAUAG